GACGCUGACUCACAUCACAGUGAGGAGUGAAUCGUCAGUCAGUGUCAGAUUGCUCUCACACCGUCACAGUACAGAGGUGCGCUUACUACAGUCACAGUCUGCCUGUGAGGGCAAAAUGGAUGUUGCCUUUAUGCCAGUAGCCGUGGCUUCCUACUUCAUCCUGUUGGCUGGUAGCCCGGUUAGAGGAUUGAAGUGCUACCAGUGCACAACUGUCUACAGUCCAACCAUGCCUAAUGAGACAGAGGUGCAUCUAUGCUCCAAGUUCGAUCAAUCGGACAAAUAUGAAGUCGAUUGUCCAUACUCGACGUUCUGUAUGAAAAAGACAUUUCAACUGGAACUGCAAUAUGGAAAAAUAGUGCAGGGAGAAGCGAGAAACUGCGCCGCGCAGAAGCGUCAACAACAAGUGUUCAAAGACGGCAAGUGGCAGCAGCACAGCUCCAUAGACGAGCACAUCUACUCAGUGGGAUGCGAGCAAGAAGAGACGCACGGUGUCAAAUCAUCAACGACCCAAUACUGCUACUGCGACACCAAUCUAUGCAACGGCGGCGAGUCGACCAGGGAGCCCACGUCUAUACACCACACUGACACAAUGGCUGUAAUAUUCAUCUUCAACGCUAUCAAAUACAUUCAAAGUCUCAGGUAAUGAAUGGCGUUCUUUACCCAUUUCAAGUGUUCGACUCAAUGACUUGGUAAUUGAAAAUUGCCAACUCAAAGUGUCUUGACUCGAUUUCAAGUGAUCGACUUGGUAAUUGAAAAUUACCAUUUCAAAGUGUCUUAUCUCGUUUCAAGUGUUCGGCUUGGUAAAUGAAAAGUACCAGUCAAGUGUUCUAAACUCGGAAAGUGUUCAACUUCUUGGUAAUUGAGAAUUUGUCAACUAAAAUUGUUUGUAACUUGAUUUCAAGUGAUCAGUUUUUAACGUGUAGAGAAUUAUAAAUCAAAGCUGCAAAACCGGGUUUCAUAACGAGCUUUUAGAUUAUGAAUUGGAAGAGUCCACUGAGAUUCCAAAUCCAAGAAAUCCGAAGUACAGCAAAAUGUACUAAGAAACAGGGCUUCAAUUCCAUCUCUGGGGUUUUGAAGAAUUUCUAAAGAUAAACCUCACCCAGAUCUAUUUACCAAACCAAAUUGAUUAAAUUAACUUUUAAAAUUAAUUAUUUGAAAAAAUUAUUUUUAUAAAAGUUAGUUCUAGAUUCAGUAAGUAGCAUGCGCUUGGUCUGAUAGUGGCAACCUGUAUGUUAGAAUAAACGUCUCGUUUCAGCUGUGAAAGGCGCAUGCUGCUUCAAUGUACAUUUUUUUCUUUUUAUAAGUUGCUGUCUUGAAGAUACCAGAUUGCUAAUAUUUUUAGCAAUUACAGUCAUGAGUUACAGUAUUGUAGAUACCGGAAAUGGAUAUCGGAAUUUGAACACGUCGAAUCAAGAAAACAAAUGCCACAUAAAAUAAGGGGUUGCAUAAUAAUUCGUUAUUUUUUCGUGCAGAUCAGUUAUUUCU